AUGAGAAAUGAGAAAGUUCUCCCUCUCAGAGAGGGGUGGACUGACAACUCAUGGGGCCCCCGGGCAAUAGGAAAUUAUGGGGCCCCUGUGUCCUUUCCCACACUCAAACCACACCCAAAAAAGUCUAUGAAAGGCCAGGGGCAUCUCAUGGGGCCCCCUACUGACCCCGGGCCCUUGGGCAGUGCCCGAGUGCUUAAUGGUCAGUCCGCCCCUGCUCUCAGAUAAGUUCCCAUUCACACCAUAUUUUUAGGUAUAUGUAAAGGGGUAAUUCUUACUAAUGACCACAAGUGUGUGAACCUAGCCUUACUUAACAAGCUGAAGCUA